AAUUUCAAAUUGAGUUUUUUUUUUCCUUUUCGUUUAAUUGAUAAAACCUCCAGCGCCACUAGCGCUUACAGUCCGUUGCGGCCACUUUGCAAAGCUGACCGGUCGCGGUCUUUCACUCUCGCUCUCUUUUGUAGUCUGCAGAGUGCAGUCUGCUAUCAUUUUAUCAAUAAACACUCCAUUGUGCGCAUAUUGUCAUUGCAGUGUUGUGCCUAUACGAGGUCUAAAGAGGUUAUAAUGUCCUGCCAAGAAGAUAUCACCAAGAAAGAGGAAGAGCUAUCUACUACAUCAGAUGAAUUCGGUAAUUGUGCCUCCAGUCAGGAGAGCGAGGACGGGCUUCUGGCCUGCUCCACCGAUGCGGUCCAUCCCCGGAUGUCCGCCACCGCCCGGCAGGAGGCCCUCAAGAAACCAUUUUACUGUCAGAUUUGCGAGUCAGAUUUUAGCGUCUUAAAAGAUCAUUAUCAUAAACAUAUAUCCACAGAACACUGCCAGUAUUGUAAUGGUCUUGUAUAUAGAUAUGUGAUAAAAAAUACUCAAGUAGAAAAGAUUUAUCAUACUUGUUCAUCCAGUAGUGCCUUACCGGACAUAAUCCCAGACGCUAACAUGAAUCUUUAAAUCUUGAUCUCCUUAGAUUCUAAAAAGCAUUGCUGGUGAUUCCGAACAACUGGUGAUGUCUGAUUUUGUAUGAACACAUUGGUGAUCACUGAGCUACUUACAUGUUCCUGGACAUGCAUUGAAUAUUUUCAUUUUCAUCAUGUCAUUGUGAUUUGUGAUCAAUUGUGUCUUUUGCUGCAUAUUUUUGUGCACUACAUUUUCUUAUGAGGUUUUUUUAUACUUUUGUACUUUUUCAUAAUCAUGUUAUUUAUUAAUUUAAUUUUUGUAUGGCAUUUAAAUGACAGUGAUUGUUUCGCACUCUAACUUCACUGACUGUAUUUUUUAAAAAAUGCUCUACCUCAAAUAAACUUGUCAAUCACUCA